CAAGCCCUUUUCUUUAACCACUGGACCACCAAACCUAUAUAAAACUACAGGAUCAACUGCAGAAGCCUAUGUGCCGAUUUAUGGAACUAUAUUAUAUAUGUGCAUUAGGUGGGGAACAGAAUCAAAGGGAGAAAAACUAAAACCACACAUCCGAACCAGUCAGAAAGAUUGCAAAGUCAAAGGGAGAAAACUAAAACCACACAUCCGAACCAGUCAGAAAGAUUGCAAAGUCAAAUGGAGAAAACUAAAACCACAAAUCCGAACCAGUCAGAAAGAUUGCAAAGUCAAAUGGAGAAAACUAAAACCACAAAUCCGAACCAGUCAGAAAGAUUGCAAAGUCAAAGGGAGACAACUAAAAUCGCAAAGCAAAAAGGGGCUCAUUUAAAUGCUGUAGAAAUGUUUUCUGAAUUAGUAUUAUUUAAGAGCCACAGAAAAUGACCGUAGGUUGAGUAAAUGAAAGGGGAACUGUUUGCUAGGAGUUAAUUAUUAUCAGGGUUUAUUUUUCAGUAAGUAUGCAGAAUUGCAAAACACAGGGCUGCUGGGAAAUGGCCUUUCAGGGGGCUUUUAUUGGGAUUGUGUAAAAGAGAUGCAGAGAAACACGUAUUCAAGCCUCUGAUGUGAGAGAGAUGACAUAUCCAGGUGUACUGCUACUACUGCUGGUCUCGGUGAGACUGUCACCAGGAAAAUCAACAUUCAUUACCACUGAGAAAAAUUCUCUGAACAUGACCAUGACCAUGACACCUGUUGAGAUAAUGCUGACUACUAAGAAAGAACCAGAAAAGACUCAAACCAUGGCAUACUUCAGUCUAGAACCAACAGCUCCCACAGUCAGCCCAGCCCUAGAAAAGACUCCAGACUGGGCAGAACAGACCUCUGUUAGCACCUCUUUGAAGCUUUUCAUGGAAAUGAAACAUCUUCAGGAACCAACACUUCAUCUCCCGGAGAAGUCUCAAACCACACCAUCCCUCAGUCCUGAACCGGCUUCAUCCACAAUCAGCCCAGCCCAGAUAACAACACCAGACUGGGCAGAAGAGAGCAUUAGCACAUCUGUGAAACUUUCCUUGGAAGUGGAAGAUCUUCAACCAGUAGCUUCCACACUCAUCUCAACUCCAGAUUGGACCACCACCACAUCUUUAAAUCUCUCCUUGACUGAAACACUGAGUGUUCCAGAAGAAAACUCCCCACCAUCUUCAAGAGGGCUGAAUGACAUCACACCGACUCAUGAACCCACGCUGGCUUCCAAACCACAAUUACAGUCAACCCUGCUCAGAAGUUUUCAACAUCCAGCAAUUCAGCAGGCCUUUCUGCAGCCUAGAAGCAUAAAGCCCAGCGUUCAACUCCAGCUGAAAAGUGUCACCAUGCCUUUCUACAGAAGUGUGCAGCAGGGUCAGUACUGUGGGGACAAGGAGGUUGUGAAGGGUGGCACCAUCCAGUGGCCAGAGGAGAGGAGUUCAGGGAGUGUGCUGAAGUACAUCUGCCCUGUUGGUACCUAUGCUUACCCUGUCAACUGGAGGGUAUGUGUUCGAGGAAGGUGGACCUUGCUGAGGAAUGCAUACGGAGACAGCGCCACUGUGGUUACCUGUAAACCGGUGACGUGUGUCAGUCCCCGUGCUCCUGAGUUCGGCGCCCUUACCCCACAUCAACGUGUCUUCGGAUGGAAUGACACCAUUCACUUCUCCUGUUACUCUGGCUUUGUGCUCCUGGGAUCAGCACAAAGUACCUGUCAAGUCAAUGGUCGCUGGAGUGGAAAACUGCCGGUCUGUGAUCGCAAAGAUAAUUUUUGCUCCAAUCCUGGAGUCCCGUUUGGUGGCUCAAGAUCUGGAGACUUCUUCGACGAGGGCUCUGUGGUGAAGUACACCUGCGACAGCAGGCUGGUCCUACGAGGCUCCUCAGAGCGCAAGUGUCUGUCAAGUGGCGUGUGGUCUGGAGAGGAACCACAAUGUCAGAGCAGGUAUACAUUUGACAAUGUAGAGGACUUGACGAAAGAAAUACAAAUGGUCAGAUCCCAGAUCUUCAAGUCAGGUGAGUUCUCUUCUCUGGCCACUUCACUUAUUAUAAAGCGGCAGGUUACAGUCCAGAGUUCAAGACAGUUUAACAGUAGCUGGGGCGUUCACUGGCUGACAACCAUAUUAAAAUGUGGACUCUACCAAAUGGACCAAAGUACAUAAAAACAAACAAACAAA